GCAACCGGAAACAGUGUGAUGUCACAUUCCCCACACCGUUAUGUUGACAGCCGGUGAGCGGUCAGUCCCGCUGUCCACAGCCAGCAGAGUGACUAACGCUGCUCCCUGAGAACGGACAGGCAUGGACCCCAGGUAGAAAGUUAGACACGAUCGCGGAUAAUGUCAUCAGCCUGUGACGCAGCAGCCUCUGCGGGUGGAGGGGGAAGUUCAGUCAUGGAGAUGUCGAACUUUGCUCAUGUAAUCUUCCAGAACGUUGGGAAGAGCUUUCUUCCUCAGGCGGCGCUUGAGUGCCACUACACGCUCACGCCGUUCAUUACCCCCCACCCUAAAGACUGGGUUGGCAUCUUCAAGGUGGGUUGGAGUAGUGCGAGAGACUACUACACGUUCCUUUGGUCUCCCAUGCCUGAAAAUUACACGGAAGGCUCUACCGUCCACAGAACCCUCAUCUUCCAGGGUUACUAUGUUCCUCGUAGCGAUGGCGAGUUUUAUCAGUUCUGUUAUGUCACCCACACGGGCGAAAUUAGAGGAGCCAGCACACCUUUCCAGUUUCGUCCGGCCACACCCACAGGGGAGGAGCUACUAACUGUAGAGGAUGAUGGGAACUCUGAUAUACUGGUGGUGACCACUAAAACUGGACUGCUGGAGCAGCGUGUGGAGGAGGUUCAGCAGGAAUGCAGGGAGCUGCAGAAGGCAAUUCGUCUCAUUACACAAGAGAGAGACCAGCUCCAGGAGGAACAGAGACGACACAACCAGGAACUUCAGCAGGGGCUGAGAGAAGAGAGAGAAGCAGCUCAGGCCAGAGUAAAGCAGCUGGAGCAGGACCUGCUGGGAGUCACACAAAGAGCUGUGCUCAAAGAGACUGAGCUUGACUGCCUGAGAGACAGAUUACAGAAGGUGAUCGCAGAGAGGGAUAGUUUGCAGAGUCAGCUGAAGAACGAAAGAGAUGAAAGAGAACUCUAUAAGUCUCAUGUACGCAGUGCAGAGCUGGAGAACACUAAGCUGAGCGCGGAGCUGCAAAUGCUGAAAGCUGUGGAGCUGAAUAGAGAGGUCACCAUUGCUCAGUAUCAGGAGGAAAUACAUAGACUCCGCGCAGAGAGAAAUGCACACCCAGCAGAUACAAAUCUGAAGGAACAGUUACGCCAGGCGGAGGAGCAGCUUCAAGCAACUCGGCAACAGGCAGCCAUGCUGGGUUCUGAACUGCGUGAUGCCUCCAGUGGACGUGACCGCACCAUGGCUGAGCUUUACCACGCCCGGCAAGAGGCUGAUGCCCUGCGGGCCAGCUUAGCCGAGGCUCAGGAGGAGUGCAGGAAGGCCCAGAGCCAGCUGGACAAGCUGAAGAGCCAAACAUCACAAGAAACAUGUGUUAACCAGGGCAGGGCUGUUGGGGGAGGGGGUGUGGCCACUGAGCUGGAGGCGGAGCUGCAAAAGGAGGUGGAGGAGCUGAAGCUGAGGCUGCAGAUGGCUGCAGAGCACUAUAAAGAGAAGUACAGAGAGUGCCAGCGCCUGCGCAGACAAGUUACAAAACUCGCCCAGCAUCAGGAGACGCAGCAGGGGGAGUCCAAGAGGAAUGAUGCAUCCACAGAGACCACUCAGGAGCCCAACACACCGGAUGCAGAGUCACCUGAUACAGAGAAGAAACCUGAGAACCAGGAGUCUGAGGAAAAGGAAGGAGAAGGAGAAAGGGAGGAGGGAGAGGAAGAAAAAAUGGAAGGGAACAAGGAAGAAGAACAAGAGGAAGGAGAGGAGUGCAGCGUGUCAGUGGAAGCGGAGCUUGCUCGAAUGGAAGAGAGAUGGAGAGAGCAAUGCACCAUCAAUGACAACCUGAAACUACUGCUGGCUAAUGAAGAGCAGCGGUUUAAGGCUCAGCUGUCUGAGAAGGACAGAGAAGUGUCAUCACUGAGGGAGAGUCUAGCUUAUGUGACCAGAGAGAAGGAAAGGCUGGAGGAGGAGCUGCGGUCAUGUGCAGGCAGAGAGGAAGGAGCUGCAGACCAGAGGUCAGAAGUCAGGGAGCCUGUGGUGUUGCGGUAUCCUCUGCCAUAUCCUCAGGACCCACCCCCACUUCCACUUGUGCCCCAGCAACCUGCAGAGCUGCAGUAUGGAAACCCUUACUCUGAACAGCAGACACGUGAUGGUGCAGAUGGGGCGUUGUCCCCUGAGCAGACAUGCCGCCCCCCUCCAGUGGCUCCACCUCCAUGGGCAGGACCUGUAGUCUGCAGUCAGCCGUCACGGAGCCUCAGCCCUCCUGAUGGUCUGGAGAAUCCUGCUGAGGAACGGCCUAGCGGAGGUGAUGGUGAAGCCCCUGCAGUUUGUGAUCAUCAAAGUCCAGAAUCCAAUGAGAACCGCACCAGUUUCUGCUUUGACACUAGGACUGAUGUUCAUAAGCGCUGUCCUCUCUGUGAAGUGAUCUUCCCGCCACACUUUGAGCAGCGCAGUUUCGAGCGCCACGUCGAGUCUCACUGGAAGGAGUGCCCCGUCUGCAGUGAGCAGUUCCCUCUGGACUGCCAGCAGCAGCUCUACGAGAAACACGUUCUCACACACUUUGAUGGCAACGUGCUCAACUUUGACAACUUCGAUUAGAAAGCUGCGAGUGGGUGAGGCACUGUGUCCUGCUUUUUAGCAUAAUAAAAUUUCACUAAGAAGAGGGGAGUUUAAAUGUUUUCUUUGGCACUUUUUGACGAUGUCACUUGGCUGUGUGCUAAUGGUCGCAUGUUUUAUGACACUAUUAGGAUUCACCAAUCAGACUGUGUUUUAUUUGCACAUAGAUACUCUUCUGUCAUGUAAGGGCACAGAGGGGAAAAAACAGGUUUUGUCAGCCAGCUCCAGGUGUAAAGCUUAGCCCUUUCCCAGAUUUUUGUUUGUUUAAAGUUUAUGCAUUUUAAAGCUGCUAUAAGAUUGGUUGCACUGUAAAAUGAGAGCUGAUGGCUUUACAUUCUGUAUAAACAGAGAAUCUAUAGAGAGGUUUGUUGCGACUUACUAUUUGCCACGCGGUGGAUGUUUUCUUUGUUUGUUUUAUUGAUUUUGUAUGAUGAUUGGGAGCACAGGUAAUGUUUUAAAAAAGCAUUGUGAAUAGUUAAAAAUACUGUUUUCUUUUUUUCCAUCUUAAAAGGUGGACAGAAGUGACAUGAUUUAAAAAAAUCCCUUUCAUAAAGUAUAUGCAGUUAAAAUGUAUAAUUUUUUUAUCUACAGUGCAUUAGACCUCUGUGGACCAGUUCCGUUUCAUCAUACUCGCUCUGACCAAUAAAAUAUACCUAUUAUAAAUGAAGAUUGAGUUUGUUCAGCUUGAAAUGUAGAAGGUGCUUCAGAAUGCUAAACUGACUGUAUAAUUAAACAUUGAACUAGAACCAGAUAAAAGAUCACAGAUCCGUGCAAGUGCACCAGUGAAUUUUAAAUGUUUUGGAUAGUUUUAUCCUGGCAAGUGUUGUGUUAAAUCUAUAUUAAAUAAAAACUGGUGCUUUGAUUUCUGUAAGAACAACCUAGUACUGUUUCAACUUGAACAGUAGCCAGAGUUGUGAUUUGGCACUUUGUCAAAUGCGUUAUACUGUGUUCAUACUUCUUCAUUCCGUUCAUUAUAUUGAAGUCACUAUCAGGGAUUUGCAUCUAAUUUCUUUAAAUGAAUCAUAUAAGUGUUUUCUGUCUGAUUCAUACAGUAGUAUAUUCUGUCUGAAUCACACUGUAGUGUAUUUAGUAUAUUCUGUCUGAUUAUACAGUCAUAUAUUCUGUCUGAAUCAUGCAGUAGUUAUAUUCUGUCUGAUUCAUACAGUAGUUAUAUACUCUCUGAAUCAUAUAGUAGUAUAUUCUGUCUGAAUCAUACUGUAGUGUAUUUAGUAUAUUCCGUCUGAGUCAUGCAGUCUUAUAUUCCGUCUGAGUCAUGCAGUCUUAUAUUCCGUCUGAGUCAUGCAGUCUUAUAUUCCGUCUGAUUCAUACAGUCUUAUAUUCCGUCUGAUUCAUUCACUCUUAUAUUCCGUCUGAUUCAUACAGUCUUAUAUUCCGUCUGAUUCAUACAGUCUUAUAUUCCGUCUGAUUCAUACAGUCUUAUAUUCCGUCUGAUUCAUACAGUAAUAUAAUCCGUCUGAAUCAUACUGUAGUGUAUUUAGUAUAUUCCGUCUGAGUCAUACAGUCUUAUAUUCCGUCUGAGUCAUGCAGUCUUAUAUUCCGUCUGAUUCAUUCACUCUUAUAUUCCGUCUGAUUCAUACAGUCUUAUAUUCCGUCUGAUUCAUACAGUCUUAUAUUCCGUCUGAGUCAUACAGUCUUAUAUUCCGUCUGAUUCAUACAGUCUUAUAUUCCGUCUGAUUCAUACAGUAAUAUAAUCCGUCUGAUUCGUACAGUAGUAUAUUUAGUAUAUCCUGUCUGAUUCUUACAGUAGUGCUUUCUGAUUCAUAUAGUGGUAUAUUCUGUCUGAUUCAUACAGUAGUUAUAUACUCUCUGAAUCAUACAGUAGUAUAUUCUGUCUGAAUCAUACUGUAGUGUAUUUAGUAUAUUCUGUCUGAUUCAUUCAGUCUUAUAUUCCGUCUGAUUCAUUCAGUCUUAUAUUCCGUCUGAGUCAUACAGUCUUAUAUUCCGUCUGAUUCAUUCAGUCUUAUAUUCCGUCUGAUACAGUCUUAUAUUGCGUCUGAUUCAUACAGUCUUAUAUUCCGUCUGAUUCAUAGUCUUAUAUUCUGUCUGAUUCAUACUGUAGUGUAUUUAGUAUAUUCCGUCUGAUUCAUACAGUCUUGUAUUCUGUCUGAUUCAUACUGUAGUGUAUUUAGUAUAUUCUGUCUGAUUCAUACAGUCUUAUAUUCCGUCUGAUUCAGUCUUAUAUUCCGUCUGAUUCAUACAGUCUUAUAUUCUGUCUGAAUUAUACAGUAGUAUAUUCUGCCUGACUCUGUUCUUAAAGUCUACACCUUUUACCUGUAGCUUUUUCUCCCGGGUAGCCAAAUUAACAACUUUCUUUAAUGUUUUAAUAUUUACAGGCUUUCAAUCAUUUCUGCCAUUGAGCUUUGCAUUUUGAGAUUUAAAACUAUUUCUAAAUUUGACGAUUUUUUAAAAUCCCUGAUUGUGGCUUUGAAUAUCACUCUUCCAAAUCCAUAUAACCAACAUAAUGUAAUGUUUGCCUCUGAAAAUAUAACUAGAAACUGGUUGCUCUGUGUAUGUGUAACAAGCUUGCAUUUACUAAUAAAGAAUGCUACAGGUUCAGUGAAGUGUAUUAACUGUGCUGCACACUAACACAUUGGUCUAAUUUUCCUUUUUAUUUAGUUUUUUGUUUUUUUGUACCUUUUUUAAAAUGUCAUAAGCAGCUUUUAAGACAACUGACCAGUCGCACAUACUCGUAUUCACAUGAUACAAAUCUUGCCACACAUACAAAUAGCUUUUGCUACACAAAGUUCCACAAAACAUACUAUGAAAAUAUAUUUUUAAAACCACUUUACAAAGACGGUACAAUACAUUCACUAUACAGCAUAUCAAACUGCCUCCCAUGUAGUAACAAAUGCAUGUCAGUCACUUUUAAGUCCAAAUGUACAACAAUUUUACAGUAAGUCACAUUGAACCCAUUGAUUGCAAUUGUAUUGUUGGACAUAUUGAAAUGUGUGUGUGCGACCAAACUACUCUGGAAAAGAAGCAGGUUCUAAAUGUGGAAAAGGACUGUAGGCUCAUAAAGACAUACUUGCACACAGACAAACGUGACAAGACUUACACAUCUUGGGGGCGUUUCACGAAGCAGGAUUUCCCAGUUAGCCUGAUAAGAUUAAGGAAUGUCCAGUAGUUGUUUUCCUGUUAAACAGGCUUGACUUUGGGCUUAAGAUAUCUGGUUAACUGAGAAAUCCUCACCCUCCCUCCCCCCUGCUCAAGUAUCUAAACUUACAGAGCAGUUAGUCCACUGUACUAUGUAACACACACACACUUGUUUAGGUGUGUUCUGCAACACUUACAAAAAAAAAAAACAAUCAUUCUAUGAUCCUCCUUAAUGCAAUCCAGAUUUUUUAUUUUUUUUACUAAACUUCAAAUACUGUUUAAAAAUCUGAUGCACUUACAAGCAACUAGCUUACUGUGACUGUUACUGACCAC